AUGUCGUCGAGUCACGCCUCUCUUGAUGCGGCAUCCAGCGACCGCAAAGCCCGCCUCGCCAAGCUCGCGGCCCUGAAGCGCAAACAACCCGAGCCCGAUACUCAGGAACCGAGCACAGUCAAUGGUGAAUCAAGUGAGCCGAUCUCAGAAGUGACAACAAAAUUCCUUUCCGGGCGGAACUAUGACGUCGAGGCCCGCGGGCCGAAACUAGGCUUUGAGCAAGGUCCGCAAGAGGGCCAAGUGACUGUUGAAAUGCAGGCAGCCCAGAUCGCGGAGGCUGUGAAGGAACAGUCUCAGAAGGAGGAAGAUGUCGACCAACCAGUUGAUCUAUUCAAACUACAACCGAAGAAACCCAACUGGGACUUGCGGCGAGAUUUAGAUGAGAAGCUCAAGACUCUCAACGUGAGGACGGAGAAUGCUAUUGCCCGCCUUGUUCGACAGCGGAUAGAGAAUGCCCAACGUGAGGCAAAGCAGCGAGGGGCUGUUUCGAAUGGAGAUGACCAAGGGGAGGAAGUGGGCAUCGAAGGCCAGAUGCUGGUGGAGGGGAUCCAUGUUCGUGAACAGGAGGAAGAAGAAGAUGAGGACUGA